UCUGUGUAAUGUAGAUAAAUGUGAGGAUUUUCUCUAAAUCCCUCUUCUGUUUGCUAAAUCUCACUGUCACUGCUAAAAUCAGAGCAGAUAGAGCCUGCGCAAUGGAAUAAAGUCCUCAAUAUUGAAAUGUGACAUUGCUCUCAACAUCUCACAUCUCUCUGGAUUUCUUUUUUCUCAUCAUUACUGCUAACAAAUUCAUUUCCAGACUUUGCACUUUCAAGAAGCAAUGGAAAAAAUCAACAGUCUUUCAACACAAUUAGUUAAGUGCUGCUUGUGUGAUUUCUUGAAGGUGAAGAUGCACACUGUGUCCUACAUCCAUUUCUUCUACCUUGGCCUGUGUUUGCUUACCUUAACCAGUUCUGUUGCUGCUGGCCCAGAGACACUCUGUGGUGCUGAGCUGGUUGAUGCUCUUCAGUUCGUGUGUGGAGACAGAGGCUUUUACUUCAGCAAGCCCACGGGGUAUGGAUCCAGCAGUAGACGCUUACACCACAAGGGAAUAGUGGAUGAAUGCUGCUUCCAGAGCUGUGACCUGAGGAGGCUGGAGAUGUAUUGUGCUCCGAUAAAACCGCCCAAAUCCGCGCGCUCCGUACGCGCCCAGCGCCACACUGACAUGCCAAAAGCGCAAAAGGAAGUGCAUUUGAAGAACACAAGUAGAGGGAACACAGGAAACAGAAACUACAGAAUGUAAGAACAUGCCAUCCACAAGAAUGAAGAAUGAAUGUGCCAUCUGCAGGAUACUUUGCUGUAAAUAAAUUAUUUGUUAAACAUUGGAAGACUUAAAAAAAACCUUUGUUUUAAAAAGCUUGAUGCAAUUUCAACCAAUGGGCAUUCUCCCAGUGAACAAUGCAACUAAACAUUCCAAUAUUAAGUCUUUAGAGAACAGAACAUUUUAACCAGACCAGAGCUAAAAAAAUUCUGUGGUUGAUAUAUUGCUGUUUGUUAACCUGUUUUAAAUGUCCUGCACGAAAACUCAAAGUCCUGUGCCCCUCAAAAGCCUACAAAUUUUUGGGCUUUUGAUGGAUCCAAUUGCACUAAAUUAACCUAUGAACACUGGCUGCUGGAGUCAUUCAUCAGCCUUGUCUAAGUGGUGGUUUUUUUAUUUGCACUUCUUAACAAGCAACAGGCUGUUUGUUUUACAGUGUCUGAAAACAUUGUUUGUCUACCCCUUCAUAUUUGCACAGUUUGACAUUCCCAGUAACAGCAGCAGUAAGGUAACAUAUACAGUUUUAAACAUCCAUUAAUUCCAUCUCUGGCAUUUCGAAAAAAUAUGGGUUAUAGAUGCAUUUGUUUUAAGACAGUUUUAUUCUUCCUUCUCUCGCAAACAUGCAAAUUUUUUUGCAAUUUGUGAGACAAAAGAUUUUUAAAAGCAGUUCAAGCAUACAUAGGCUCUCGAACCAGUAAUGAUUCUUCCAGGUAAUUAUUUUGUAACAGUAUAGGUAACUUCUUUCUUCCUCCAUAUAAUGCAGUAUGUAAAAUUUAGCAUAUCAACAAUACACAUAUAUCAAACAGUAUGUAAAAAAAUCUCUGUUUUAUAGUACAACGGUGCUAUUUUAUAGUUUGUUACAUGAAAGGGUCUGGCCAAAAUGGUAAUAGGUAAAAGCAAAUAUGGAAACACCAAGCCAAAGAUUAAAUAACAAAUUACUUGCAAAAAUAUUCAGCUUAAAUCAACUAAAAUGGCUUCAGAUUUCAACAUGAAAAUAACUUUACAAUCUUCAAAAGAAAAUGCUUGUUUCCUCUUAGACACAUGAAGGGUGGUAUUUUGACAUCUGAUUAUGAGGAACACAAACUUGUGUGUAGGCACAAAGAAAAUUUGAAAAACAAUUUGAAAAACAAGUGACUUCAAAGAGUAGUCCACCAGGGCCUAAAUGUUUCUGAAAUAUCAGCAUUCUGUUCAAUCAUAAAGGGGUACUCAAGCCCCCCUCCAUUUUAAUUCUUCCCACAACCAGAUGUGGCUUACCUGAUUGUGAGUUGGGCUGCACCUCUCUGUAAAUCAGAAAAGCUAAUGUAAUCACCAGAUUACUAGUGUAGAAUGAGUCCUUGAGGAGAGAUUACCCAUAGCAUCCUUACACCCUCACGAGUGCCAUUCAUGUGCUCUUGUGGGAGUCAGAGAUGCCCAGAUAAUCCCUGCCAUGUAACUUUGACAGGCCUUGCAGAGGUUCUUCCUUGAAUAACACCUCUGCUGCAUUUCUGUAAAUCAGCCCAGUGUAAAUUUGGGAUAAGCAGCCAACAGUGUCCCAAGGUGAGCAUCAAACCUGUCUGUGAGAGAAGGGAAGGCAGAGGAAGAGGGAGGGAGGAAGAAGGCACUGUUCCACCCUGUCCAAGAACCCCAAUGCAGUCCCAUUCAACUUUUCCCCCUCACCGUGCUGCAUGUGGUAGGCUCAGGCAAGGGAUGAAGCGUUUCUUGGUCAGCUCCAAAAACAGCAUAUGAAGGGAGCAGUUAGGGAGGUGGCAGAUUAGAUCUAUAAAGGAAGUAUCUCCUUUUGAAAGCUGCUCAAAUCUGCCCUACUUUCUACUGCAGUAUCCCUUCUGGAGAAGGAAGGGCUUUAAAAGCAAAAGAGGGAGUGGAUAACUAUUGACUUAAACACAAGAGAAAGUUCUCUCCAGACUGCAUAUGUACAGCUCCUCAAUAGUCCCUUGUGAAAGAAGUAGGAAAGGUCAUAAAAGUCUAACAAAUUAUUGUAGUUCCUUUUCUAUUCCCAUAGAAAAUUUGUGGUUUGUAUUUUUAACAAGUGCAAUGUAUUCCUAUACAACUCUUUAAACCCUCUGCUUUCUGUGAGAUGGAUGUCUAUAUGCACAAUAAGCUGCCAUAGCAAUGUAAAAGUAGAACAGCAAAUGAAUAAAAAGAAUAUGUCACAGCUCUCACUGACUGAGAUAGUUAUGUUGAAAAAGGAAGAAAGUAAAGAGAAACAGAUGGGGAAACUAACCUAAAUUAUUUACCACCAAUUUAAUAAACAGAGUUAGCAAUUCUGAUACCUGUCACAGCUCCUACAGGCCUUUUUUUGGCAGGGGGGAUGGAGAGGGAAGGACUUUCUUUAGUGGCUAUAGGAAUUCUGCAAUAAAAUAUAAGAACAAGCCAUUAUUUUGAUGUCACAGACAGAAUACAUAUUUCCAGUUCAAGCCCCAUGACCCUUUUUGUCCCCUGUCUCUUCUGAAGUUCUAAGGGGAAGAGGGAAGAAAGGCGUGAGGGCAAAAAGCAAUUUGAGAUAUCUGUGGCAGCAAGUUUCUUUGUAGAUAACUUUUUUACUGAUGUGCUUUUAACUGAAUAACUAUACAUCAUUUUGCAUUAAUUCCUGCAAAUUAAUUCAAAUUUUUGGUCUUAUCUUGGGAUUCACACACUCACAUUCAUGCCACCAUAUUUCUCCUGUUGAAAAACCAUAAUUAGAAAAUGUCACUCGGAGACAGCAAUAUUUAUCACAAUUUGACAACUGCCUAAACAAAUUGGAGCAAUUCUUGAAAGCAGCUAAAAUAAACACCGAAUAGCUGCAAACUUCAAAGGCAACACUUUGCUUUACUAGAGAAUAAAUGAAAUCACAAAAUGGGAAGUAGCUCCAGCCCCACAGAGGUGAGAAAUGCAUGGGUGGGGAAUGCACUUUGUAUAAGAAAUCUCCAGUCAUAGGGCAGGGAGCACAUGGUAAACCAGUUAAUUUGAAAGAUAAAGCAUUAGCUUAAUAAUCACAAUAAACCCACUACUUAAAGAAGUUGAAGCAUGAGCUAAAGCAUCUCCCUCCCAAAUGUACAAAGCAGUCUGCCUUGAAAAACUUCUAAUUAGAGAAAUUGAAGGGUUCAGCUGGAUUUUUAAAAGCACUCCAGAUAUUUAGGAACAGGGCUCCCACCAGAUGCUAUUGAUUCUCAUAAAUCACCGAAAUGCUAAACAAAAGCACAUUUCUCAUCUUUCCCUAUUGUUUAAUUCACAUGACAAAGAUCACAGAUCUCUGCUUUCUAGAAUAGACCUAAAAUUUCAACUAUUACACAGAAUAUCACUGAAAUGCAUAAUUUAAAAAGUUAAUUAAGCCUCAUUAUUUUCAGUCAGUCCAAAAAGCACUGCAGAUCUAAACCCACUUCAGUUAGUAUCUCUCUUUCAUCAAGGUAGCAAAAUUUAAGUCUCAUCUCCAUAGUAAACAUAAUUAGUCAUUAAGAGUUUAAAUGAAAAAUCAAUAAAUUAUUUAUUCUGCUCAAAAUGUAGUUAGAAAUGCACACUUCCAUGAAGGACUUGUAUGAGCUUAUUUGCACCAUUCAGCCAAGAGAGACAAGGAAAUCAAAGCCUGGGAUAUUGCAUCCAGUCCUGGUAGACACAUGAAAAUAGCCCCCUUUUUUCCCAAGGCAGCUUACCCUGCUGAUCCCUUUGGUAAGACUGAAGGGUGAAUUAGUGGUAAGCUUUCUUUACAAAAGUGAAUUCCACACACAACUAGGAGCACCUAGCUGCCCCUGAGCUCCUUGUUCUCCCAGUACCAAUGGUUAAAUUUGAUUAAUGAAGACUUCAGGCCAAGCCCUGUCUCUUCUUGGCUCUCCAUUCAACAAGCAAGUGCAUGAUAUGACAAGAUCAGAAAAGUGUAUUUACAUAUUUGCUUUACCUGUUACUGAUUUGGCCAACAAUGCCAAAGUGGUGCUAUUGUUUUGUUUAAGAAAGUACUUGACUAAAAUAUAAAAGAAAGCAUAAAUAUUUUUUUAAUGUAUGAAAAUUACAUAGGUAUGGUUAUUAAAAUAGAAAUAAAACUAGCCAUAACUUUUCAACUUUUUGUCACUCAAAAAACAGCAAAGUAAUCUUAUAUCGAUGCAGGUGGGUCAGGAAUAAGAGUCAAAAUGCCACAAAAAUUCAUAGGCUUUAAAUGAAAUUCUGAAUCCUUAUUCCAAGUCAGAAAUUCAAAUGUAGAAAAGUGCUAGAAGUCAGGGAAUUGAAAGCCUUGAUGUGACUGAAAGCUUUUCAGAUUGUGCAAGUCCUAUAUCAUACCUGAUUUUUAAGCCACACUCUAGUCUGAAAUCAGUGUAGAGUUUGGCUUGGUCAGUGGCAUGAUAUGAUUGAGAUUUUCACUGUGCACACAUUUUCAGUUUUACCUGAUUAUUUUCUUAUUUAUGGCACAUAAUUGAAAACUUAAUGUUCUUGAAACUCACAAAAGAUGCAAGCACAUCUGAAGUUAACAAGGAAUGAAAAAAAUUAUUCCUAACAGCAAAUUGUUGGUUUUUUGAAUUCUCAUCAGUUCUAAAUUGUGAGAAAAAGUUGAAAUAUAUGGCUAACAGUCUGUGAAUUAUUUUUCUUUUAUUACUUUAUGUGGUCACUAUGAACAACCUUAUGUGCAAAAUUUCACAUUUCAUUUUUCUGUUUUGAAAUUAUCCUAAGUUAAGCCCAAAAAGAGAUUGGAACCUAUAGGCCAAAUAGAAUAGUUAUAUUGUUCUGAUGAAGAUAUAAUCAAUAUAUUUAAAAUGUUUUAUUUUUAGUCUGAAAAGGAAUAGUAAUAAUUUAUUUGGGAGGGUCUGCUUAUACUGGUCCCUCUUUUUAGGUUACUGGUCAGUGGAAAUUAGUCUUCCAAACACCCAGCUUCUAAUCAAAACCAAUGUUUUUCCUUCCUCCUGCUCCACCCAGCAAACUUAGUUAAAAGACUAUUGCAACAUAAUUUUAUUGUUUGUCUGUUUGUUUGGGAGGGUUGUUUUGCUUUGAUUCACUUUGUUUUGAUUCUGGGGGCAAGGGAUAAGGAGGAGGAGAUGAGUGUAUUUUUUUUCUCUUGGGUACAAUCCGCAAAAAAUAAAGAAUUUUUCUUAAUGAGAUUACUAAUUAUCCAAUUCAUGUGUGGAAGUGGCAUUCAGUAAAGCAACCAGAUUAAAUUUGUCUUGAAACAAGGAAAGAAAGAUUUCAACACAAAGUUGUUACCCAUUCUACUCCUACACUAAACAUGUUGCUUGUGACAGCAUUGGAAUAUUUUACUGGACUAUAAACCCACAGUAUCUGAUAUAUAUGAUAUAUAGAAAACUUCUUUGACUUUUUUUUUUUUCUUUUUUACAUAAAGGGUGUUAUGGGAAUGCCAGAAAUUUGAUUACAAGUCACCUGAUGGUUACAUUAAAAUCUUAACAGUAGCUGCAUAAAAAGGUGUGGUUGUGUAUAUAUACACAUAUACAGACACAUGUACAUAUAUAUGGGUAUAUAUAGACAAUGCUACAGUGUGUGCAUGUCUAUGUGCACGUGUGUGUGCACGUGUAUAUUAUGAUUUUCUUUUUCCUGUCAAGUAAAAUUUGAAAUGCUUGCUUUUUUCUCUUCAGAUUUUAUGGAUUAUAUUCAGUAAUCCAACUGGAAUCUAAUUUUAGAAGAGCAUUGUGUAAUAUGGAUGUCACAAUUUAGGUCCUGUCUUUGUUUUUCAUACCUAAAGAAAUGACCAGAUAUUUAAACCAUAAGACACCUUUUCAUUGUCAUCAGGCAAUAUAUAUAUUUAUCUGUCUAGAUACAGAUAUAAAAUACUAACUCUGAGGGCCAUAUUAUAAAAACCUGUAUUAAAAUUUUAUCUUCUAUUUCAUUUUUCUCCAUAAAACUUCUAUUGAGUGUGGUUUUUUUAAGUGUAACCAUCUCUCCAAAGUAAGAACAAUAGGGAAUAUAAAGACAGCAGAAUGAUAAUUUCUGUCAUCACCUCAACUAUUAUUUUUGUCCUUUAUAUGGUUUUUGUAAGAAUAAUUCAUCCCCCUCUACAGCACUAUUAACUAUAUCCGAAGUGGAAAAGGCUUAGCAAAUUCCUAUGCCCCAAAUUGUUUAUAAUAAUUCUUGAUUUCUCUGUAUUCUUCAGUAGCUUUUUAUUUUGCCAGCUUAGCUCACAAAAGUCAUAAAAAGCACCAAUGUGAUACUUCUGCUGCUAAACAUUCUUUCUAAGAAAUAUUAAACAUGCACCCACCUAAAAUAUCUAUAUAUUCACACUUCAUUGAAGCUCUUAAGAAACAAAACAAAUGCAGUUGAGAGAUAAUUUUUCACACCAUUUUUUAACUAAAUCAAAGGCAUUGCAUUUUAUUGUAUUUUCCAUUCAUUAGUAUAAUUUCAUUCCUCUAAUGCAGCAACAAAAUACCUGCAGAACAAAAAGGACUUUAUCCUGACCAAUUGGAUCAUGCUUCAUGUACUCAUGUUAAAGAAAAAGGUUAAUUCAGAUAACUAUAUAAACAACUGAUUUAAUGAAACUCAUAUUUUGUAGUGAAAUAUUUAACUUCAUAAAUUUAAAAAUCAAAUGAAUGUUCCACUCUUCCUGGUUUACCAGCAUUAACCUGAUUUAUUGUGUGAAAAAAUCCUCACUUCAAUAAUGAUCAAAGACAAAGGAUCCAAAACAAACAGACUAAAGUGUUAUCAAUUAAGAGGUAAAAUGUCCUAAUUUUGUGCACAGCAAUGAAUUCUAUCCUUUUUUUUCACACUAGAGUUUCAAAUGCAAUUGAUAUAAAUACUGCAUAAGAAUUAUGGUUCUCUCCAUUAUUUCCACUUAGAGACAAGUUUGAAUAUAAUACAGCACAUACAAGUGAGAGCACAUGAUAUAGUGUGAUACACUCAUAUCUUUUCAUUUAUUACCAUUUCUAAGGAAUUAGUCCAACAGAAUUCUAUAGAAAUCCUGAGCAAGUUGAAAAAAAUAAUUCUCAGAAGUGUAUAAAGAUAAUAGUUGCCUGAUUAAACUAAGUCUCAUCAGACAUGAGUCAUAAAAGGCUCCACUGAAAGCAGAUUGGUACUUCAUUAUAUUCUGAACAGCUUCACCUGUAGUCUGACACCUCUCAUUGCUUUUGUCAGAAUGUGAUGGUUCUGUUUCACAGUUUCUUAAUCCUUGGAGUCUUAAGGUUGAAUAUUAAACAUGUUUAUCAAGACCAAGGAUGUCAGGAAACAAAAUGAAAGUAGAAGAAGCAGCACCACCUGCUGCUGAUAAUCAAAUCCUGUAUAAGCUUUCUUUUCUCCCAAAUUACUGCAAAGCCACCCAGAAUGCUAAACAAAGAGAUUAAUAGCACUUGCAUUUCAGGACAGCCUUUCCAUAAGGAGUAACUGUCCUGUCUUUCUUCAGUGUUGGACCUCAAUUGGUAUCCUGACUAAAACUGGGGUUUCCAUGAUGCAAAGCAUGAAUGUGGAUACAUGAGUUUCUGAUUUCACUACUGAACAAUCCUACUAUUAACAUUUCAAGUCAUUAUAACCAAACAGUGACAAGUGUUAAGUGUUCAUUUACUAGAAACCAUUUAAAUAUCUAUUAAAAUUCUAACUGGAUUUAUUCUUUCUUUUUUAUUUUCUCGUGCUUACUCAUAAUACAAUGUCACUACUUGAUGACAAAUAAUAUUUCAUACUGUGUAUGUAACAUCAUUGUGUUGCAGAAUCCCCCAAAUACCUCAACAAUGUCUUUGUUGCGCUAUUCUCCCCAUCUAGCACUUAUAAGCUUUUUUAGUAACAACCAAUAAAUAAAAAAAAAAUUGAGUUCUUGAUAUGUACAAAUAUAAAAAAAUUCAAGAAGUUUUGCUAGUUUGCAGUUCAUGUAAUGCCAUCUUGACCAUUCUCUUCCCCUCUCUCUAUGAGCUGUCUAGAACAGUAAAACUUGCUCCAUAAAUAAUAGUGUAUCCAUGCUUUUAAAGGCUUUUAUAUGCAUUUAUGGUAGGUAAAGGUUGGAAGAGGUAGUUGACUGAUUUUCACUUUUAUCUACUUUGAUUUCAGUAAAGGGCUUUGUCACUCUGUAUACAUAAAGGCUAAUGCACCCUUUGGUUUGUAGAAUGUACUGAAAUGUUUGCAACCCUCUUGGUAUCAGGUCCAAAAUGUGAAGCAUUACUGUUGAGAGGGUAUCUUUCUAAUGUAUUUGUAUGUAUAGUUUACACCUCUGUGAGGUCUAAUAAAGGAUUAUGGUUAAUAAAAAA